CUCACACACACUGUUCCUCACCAGCCCAAGCUCAAACACAGCUGCAGAGUGGAUGGAGAGAAAUGCGACAAGUCGUGGAUAAAUGUGUUCAACCAUACAGCGUGCUAAUAUUAUUGUCUUCGAGGCAACCCAUCGGCCGAGAGUCAAGUCCACAUGGCCACUGCAUUAUUUCAGGAACAUUUCGUGAUAUCUCAGAGGGCAUGGGGCACUGACUAAAGUCCACCAGCACUGUCCUCAACAAACACACUUAAAUAAUUUCACUCUCACCAUCUUCUGUGUUAUGCACAUUACUGUUGUAACUAAAUCAACAAAGUAUGCGACAAUUUUCAUAUUCUCCCUUCGUUGCAUGACGAUUAUAAAUAAAAAAACGGGAACUAGAAAUUACGGGAAUUCGUAAUAAAAAUCUAAAUAUAUUCUACGUGUUAGCAAGUACAUUGUCUGCGACUGUUUGUAAAGCAUAAAGUUACAUGAUAAAUAUAUAUUUUAUUAUUUUGUUGUUUCCCUUCAACGUGACUUUACCGAAAAAACUAAGAAUAUGAAUUACUGCAGUCACGAAAGCUUUAAAUCAAAAUUUACAUGAUUCCAGUUUGUUUUCAGGGUCUAUAACGCAGGGACAGCUUCUACCGGGAAGGCGAACAUGUCCUCCGACUCAAGCGAGCCGCUCCAGUUUGACAUAGAAGUGUCCGCUACCGAGGGAAACAGAGAGGCAGCGACGGUGGCAAAGUUGCCUCCGCCGUGUCUGGCCAGAGCCCUCGAAAUCAGCGUCACGAACGACGUGUCCGGCGUCCAAAACCCUGGGCUGGAGUUCUUCUCUGACCUUCUAAGCGCCAACACCAUUCCCGCCCAACCGCUCGAGCGCGUGGGCACAGACACGCGUGGAGCGUCCAAAGAGCCCGGCUGCCUGAGCGAGAUCUGGUACGGAGCGCCGCCACCGCCACCGCCGCCGCCGCCACCCGUACCUGUAGCGGAGGCGUGCGACGAAGCGCCCCGUAGCGACAACGACGCGGAGAGGUGCGGCGCUGACGUGCGCGGCGACGCCGAAUGCGUGUGGACCGGCCCUGCCGGGGACUCGGACGCAGACGCCGACCCCGGCGAGGGCUCCAUGCCCCCGGCACCCUCGUGCAUCGCGCGCUGCAGCAAGCACGGCGCACACCUGCGCGUGUACUGCGCGGACGAUGGGCAGGUCAUGUGCGUGCGAUGCCAGACCUCCAUGCGGCACAACGGGCACAGGAUCCUGUCCGAUGUUGAGGCAGCGGAAACGAUGCAGGCCUCCCACCACGAUUGGCUGGAGAAGUUGACGAAGAGAAAAGAAUGGAACAUACAAAUCAUUGAAGCCAUUAAGAAGACGUCCACCGAGGCAGCAGAGGAGGCGGAGCGGGCAAAGCGGCGCGCCGGCGUGCAGUACCAGGCGCUCAUCAGCCUGCUGGAGGACGAGCGGACGCAUGUGCUGCGGCUCAUCGGCGAGCGCCAACUCGAGCGGCGGCGCCGGCACGAGCUGCUCAUGCUCGCGAUCGCUCGCGAGACACAGGGACUACAGAGCGCCAUUGAUUCGCUGCACGCAGCCGUGACUGCACAGGCCUUGCCGCACCAAACGCUGCAGGCAUUCAAGGCUAUCCAAGAAAGCUUGAAAGGCGCGGAAAAAGAACCACCAGACAUCACGCAGAAUCAAAACAACGGACUGCAGGCAGUGUUCGAAUCUGAAGCGAAAAUCUCAAAACUGCUCAAGGCAUUUGAACCAAAGCUAACGGAGGUGAUGCUUGACCCCGAGACGGCGCACCCCAACCUGGAGAUCUCUGCGAACGGCGUGGAGGUGCGGUGCGUGCGGAUGCGCCGAGACGUGCCCGAGGAACCGGGCCGCUUCCUCUCCACCCUCAACGUGCUGGCGUGCCGUGGCCUGCCCGCUCUCACCCACCAUGGCUGCUGCUACUGGGAGGUGGUCGUCGCCGGCAAGACCGGCUGGACGGUGGGCAUGGCGUACGCAUCGGUGCCACGCGUCGACUGCAGCCGGUUGGGCCGCAACUCAGGCUCGUGGGCGCUGGAGCUGCACAACGGCGUCUACACGGCGUGGCACGGCGGCGUGGCCGAACCGCCGCUGGCGCUCGCCGUACCCAGGCCCACCGUCGUGGGGGUGCUGCUCGUCGAGGGGGCGGGGACGCUGGCGUUCUUCGACGCCGCCAGCAUGGCCCUGCUCCACGCGUUCCACGCCCGCUUCCUCGAGCCGCUCUACCCGGCGCUCAACCCGCACAGCUGUCGGGAGCAGCGCAACACGGCGCCCCUGAGGCUGGUGGAACCGGACCGCGCGCAGCACUCCGAUUCCGUCGCCACCGCCACUACCGCCGCCGCCACGAAGCCAUCGUUCAAGCUUGUGCUGUCUGGCCUUUUUAGCUGACUGUAGGCCCUAGGGAUAAGAUUUUUUUCUUGUUUAAACGUCCUGAGCAAGGGUUCGAAAGGCUCAAAACAUGACUGAGCCAGCAACAACAGCACGAUCAAAGCUGUAAUAAUAAAUAAGAGUUAACACGAAAGCAGUGAAGUGGCUCGGGGUGGAAUAACACCAUACCGAAUCACUGAGCUCCACUGCUCAGAUCCAGGGUCGAGGUUGUGUAUUAGUUGCCUGUAAUUAAGAUGCUGUCCAUGUAAUUAUAGAGUAUAGAUAGUCUCAUAUUGGUGGUUUUAACUUAAUGAAGCUUAUUCUAGUUGUAAUAAUUAUAAAUGUUCAGUUUGAUUGCCAUGUAGUAGAAAUGAGGAUAUCUGUGUUGUUCUGUCACGUCACUUUCUAGAGACCAUUCUCUACCAGGGCAUGAUGAAUUGCUUUCAAUAAGUGAUUCAAACGAAAUUGCCUUUGUCUCAUUGAAAGUCCCAAUAUCGCAAAUGAAAUAUAAUUGGGGAAAAGAACGGAAGCAAAGACAUAUGAAUGUAGCCCAGGCGAGAGAUUUUCGGCAUUAUUGGCCAACCAUAUGAGAUUGUAGCCAAAGAAAAUAAUGGAGGCAAUAUUUCACGGGAAAGAGCUUCAUAGCUCAUCGGAUUCCUUCAGUACAAAUAAAUAUUCAGAUUCUGAUAUCACGGCAGCUUCACAUGGAGGCAUCCGCAUAACUCUGCCUUUUUUAUUUCCUCUUCAAUGAUUUACCAUCAGCUUUCUCUCUUUCAUUACAGUCCCCAUCUUUGUCUCCUUCACGCCUAAUGGCAAUAAAUAACUUUUGCCAAAUAAAAAAAUGGGAGGAAACUUUAUUUUAAACGGCUCCUCUUCCGCCCCCGAUUGCUCGUGUUCUUUUACGCGAUUCACACCACGCCGACGUGUGCAUGUGCUGCGACACAGUAAACUAUUUAAACUUUUUUACCAGGUAAAACCCACUGAGCUAUACAGCUCUUUUUCAGAAGCGACCUGCUCAC